AUGUCCCUCGCGUCCGUCGCCGCCCGUCGAGCGUCGUCGCUUCGCGCCUCGACGCUCGUUCGGACGACGUUCAAUCGCGCCAUCGCGUCCGCGUCCGCCGGAGACGCUUUGGAGACGGUUGUCGGCGUUGAAAUCCACGUUCGAUUGCAAACUCGAAGCAAACUCUUCAGCGGCUCCGCGAGCGCGUACGGCGGCGAGCCGAACUCACGCGUCGCCCCGUUCGACGCGUCGCUACCCGGAACGUUACCAGUGUUGAAUGCGGGCGCGGUGGCGCUCGCGGUGAAGCUUGGAAUCGCGCUCGAGGGUGAGGUGCAGCUGCGGUCGGCGUUCGACCGGAAGCACUACUGGUACGCGGACCUUCCGCACGGGUAUCAGAUCACGCAGAAGCGAUCGCCGAUCGUUUUGGGCGGUGUGGUACGGUGCCAGGGAAAUUUGAGUGGGGAUGAUGCGGGCGAUGAGAGGUCGACCGAUGGAGCGCUGAAGGUUGGGAUCGAGCGCGUUCAGUUGGAGAUGGAUACGGGAAAGAGCUCGGUUGCGGAGGACGGACGUGGCACGCUUGUCGAUCUGAAUCGCGCAGGACAGGCGCUUGUAGAGAUUGUGAGUGAGCCCGACAUGCGGAGUGGUGAGGAGGCGGUGGCGUGCGUGGAGGCGUUACAGCGCAUGCUGAGGUAUCUGCACGUGAGCGACGCAAACAUGGAAGAGGGGUCGCUUCGAUGCGACGUGAACGUGAGCGUGCGCACGAGCGAGGAGCGAGCGAGGGGGGUUUUCGGAGAGAGAGUAGAGAUUAAAAACCUUAACAGCCUCCGUAGCAUCGCUCGGGCGGUGAAAUACGAAGCACAGCGACACGCAAAGGUCUUGGCGGGAGGAGGUAAAAUUGAGCGCGAGACGCGCUCAUUCGAUGUCAACACCGGGAAAACCGUAGUUUUGAGGACAAAAGAGAAUCUUCUGGAUUAUAAGUUCACCCCAGAGCCAGAUUUACCGUCGUUAGUGCUUACGUCGGCAGAUGUGGAGGCGAUAGCCGGUCGGAUGCCAGAACUUCCAAAUGCCGCGUACGAGCGGUUGGUCAGCGGUGGUGCCUCUCCUUCGGCGUCGAACACCAUCGUCGCCUUCCCGUCGACGCUCAAGUACUUUGACGUCGCGAUGGAAAAUUGUGGGGCGGCGAAAUCGGCCGACGUCGCGAAUUUUAUUGCGAAUGAAAUCAUCGGCGCGGCGCGUAAAGAUGCGGGCGCCACGCACAAGGAGCCACUUUCGACUCUACCGCGCGCUGCGUCGGCACGUCGCGUGGGUGAACUUCUAGGUAAAGUAGCGGAUGGCACGUUGAGCGGACGCAUGGCGAAGCAGGUCCUAGAGGCGCUGAUGAAUAGUGAUGAGCGCGCGCUCGGUGACAUCGUAGACGACAUAUGCGGCGGCGGUCAAAUCUCCAGCGACGAUCAUCUUCGUGAUAUCUGUCAUUCAGUCGUACGCGAUAAACCCGAAGAGGUGAGAUUGCUCCAAGGCGGUAAGUCUAAGCUCAUGGGCGCCCUCGUGGGUGAGGUGAUGAAGCGCACAAGCGGUCGAGCCAAUCCCAAAGACGUGAGUAAGUUGCUCGCCGACAUCGUCGCCGGUGAGCCGUAG